GCCCCUUGAAACCUAUUUCCUUGGUUGGGUUGAGUUGAGAGUUGAGUAGUAGAGAGAGAAUUGUGAGUGUGAUGAGAAGAGGAAAGCAUGAUGAAGCUUCGAUACGCCAUGGUUUGUUCAUCGAAUCAGAAUCGAAGCAUGGAGGCUCACUCUCUCCUCAAGAGAGAAGGCUUUGAGGUCUCCUCAUACGGAACCGGAUCGCACGUUAAGCUACCUGGACCUUCCCUCAGAGAACCCAACGUCUACGACUUCGGUACUCCUUACAAGCAGAUGUUCGACGACCUCCGCCGCAAAGAUCCCGAAUUAUACAAGCGCAAUGGUAUAUUACCAAUGCUUAAGAGGAAUUCAGCUGUCAAACUUGCACCACAGCGUUGGCAAGACAAUGCUGCUGAUGGUUACUUUGAUGUGGUGUUCACAUUUGAAGAAAAGGUUUUUGACAUGGUUAUUGAAGAUCUCCACAGUAGGGAUCAUGUUCUAAUGAAACCGGUGCUGGUGAUAAACUUGGAAGUGAAAGAUAACCAUGAGGAAGCGGCCAUAGGAGCUCGACUUGCUCUUGUUUUGUGCCAAGAGCUCGAAACAACUGAAUUUUGGGAAGAUUCAAUUGAUGAGAUCGUGGUUAACUUUGAGAGGCAGCAUCGGAGGAAGCUCUUGUAUAGCAUAUCCUUCUAUUGACAAUGUCAUGUAUACGGCAAUGUAGAAAAUUGUUUGUACCUUUCAAGAUCAAAUUUUAGUCUUCGUUGACAUUCUGGAUUUAUUUUUCCUUUGUAUAAUGUCAUGCUUUUGAAAAUGUUUGGAGGGAAUAUUUUUUUUCCCUGGAUUA